AUGUUCAAUUCAUCUCCUAUAACAAGAACAACGAUUCAUGAAGAGAAUGAUGAAGAUGAGCAACAACGAUCAGGUGGUUGGUUUCAUUCGAGGGUUCCUCCAGAAGUACUCUACUCAAUCAUAUCCUAUCUGGAUUUUAGAUCAAUCAUGAUGAUCAUUCCUCGGGUGUGUUCAUCAUGGAGAGAAAUUAUCAUUCAACAAAUUAAUACAUUGCACAUCUAUCCGAAUAUUGAUUUGUAUGGUGGUGAUUUUGAUCAUUUAUUUAGUAGUGAGAAGGAGGAGCAAUAUCAAAAACACAUGAUGAUUGAGAAGGAUAUUAUUCCCUUCGUAAAGUAUUUGCACAAGUUUGUGGAGAGUAAUAGGAUGAAGAUUUUCAAUCUAUUCAUCUAUGGGAGUAUUCAGGAAGCUAAUCUAGAUAGGUAUGCUCCAUCACGUCCAAGGAAUACUCAUUUCCCAUCUCUUCAUCAACAAAGAAAGAAGGAAUUUUCACAAAGAGUGGUCAACUACUUGCCAAACUAUUUCACAGAACCAACAUUCUCAAUGGAAACAUCCUAUCCAACCAAUUGUUCAUUCAUCAAGUUGGAUUUUAAUUUUGAUUCGAAUGCAUUUUGCAAUUUAUUCAAAGCUUGUAAAGAUAAUUUACAAACAGUAGUAUUGAAAACAUGUAAGGUUGAUCAACCUUUUUGUCAGUGUUUUGAUUGGGUGAAGGACAAGUUGGAAAAUCUAGUCCUUGACAAUGUCACUGGUUUUUUACUUACCAAUACUUCAGAAUUUGAAAAUCUCAAAUAUCUAUAUCAUGACACUGAAUAUAGUAUUGCAUCAAAUGUAUUGGAAUCAAUGUAUAUUGGACCAAAGUUUUUUGAAUUGAAUAAUCUUUCUAAUUGUAAGAAAUUGAGUCUUCAUCUCAAUUAUACCAAAGCAGCUCAGUUGAAUCAACUCUCAUCUACCUCAAAUAAUAUUGUGGAGGAGCUGGAAGUUACACUUGGAACAGUUCAAUAUUCGUAUUGGGAAGAAUCAUUGUCUAUUUUUGAUACAGUGGAAAUGACGAAGGCCUUUCUGGAACUCUUAGCAAAAUUCAAAUGCGUCAAGAAGCUGUCCAUAAAUCUGGACGGUGUCUUUGAUUUUGCAUUGAUGAGACACAGCUCUCCAAUAUUCCUCACCUCAGAUCCAAACCUGAAAGAACUUCCAAAUGUUUUGGAACUCAAAUUGGAGGGACGUUCAUUCUUUACCAAUAGAAUAGAUAGAUGGAUAACACACUUCCCAAAUAUUAAGCUAUUUUCAUGUCAUGUGGAUAAUGAAAAUGAUAUUGACUUGUUGCAAAAUAGCUUGUAUUCCUUAAAGACCUUAGAGGAAUUGGAUCUAUCCAUUCGUUCUUUUUCAUAUGGCGAAUUGAGUUCCAAACUAAUCGAGACUCUUUUAUUUGUAUUUAAAGAGGGCGGGGCAGGACGUUCAUUCCUUAAGAGUUUGUGUAUUCGAGGAUAUGGCGACUGCAGAGAACAAAACCCAGAAUUGGAUAAAUUAUUAGAGUUUAUGUCUGGAUAUGCCAAACCAGCAAAAGUAUGCCUCGUGCCAAGAAAGCACACUCCAGCACUGCAAAGCAUGCAAUCAAAAUAUGCAAAUAAGGUCGACUUGCAAGUGUUAGAAAGUCAAGUACUUAUGGAUAAGUCACUCGAAAAUGUAAAGCCAAUUGACUAUUCCCAAUCAAUUGAUGAAAUCCUAGAGCAGAGAAGAGACCUUUCCAACAGGUUGAAAACUUCGAGCAUCAUCUGUCUCUAUUGUGGAUGCCUCGUACAGAGAUGCGACUAUUCCAAACAUAAUCAAAUCUGCCACUCUGGAAAUGAAUUGGAAUAUGAUCUUAAAGUUGCCAAACAAGUUGAUCUUUCAGAAUAUGAAACUCAUUGUCCUUCUUGCCACAAGGAUAUCAAGAGAAGAGAUUUCUCUACACACGAAUGUACCGAAACUAGAAUCAAACUUCCUGUAAUUCCCACUUCUUCUACCAAAUUCCACUACCAAUAA